UUCUAAUCAGAUUCAACGUACUAACUCUUCUCUCCUUUGCAUCUCUCUCGCCCGCUCCGUUAAAAGGCCAUUUCUGGAACUCCGUGUUAAGAAAUCGGGUCCCAUGUGACGCUAAUCUCGCCUACUGCAUCUGCAUGUGCCACACUCGCACACUACUAAAACCCCACACACUUCGCUGCUUAAUUCAGUUGCAGAAAAUCAAGGAAGAAAACACAGAGAGAGAAGCAGCCGCGCGCGAGAUCUCUUUCCUAGUCUUUUCUUAUCUGUCGCCAACUGAAAGCCCACGGAUUUAGCGUCACAGACCAAUCAAAAUCGCUACACGGCAAUGAAAGAUCCAGCUGUGCUCAACCCCAUAUACCCUCUCUCCACAUUAGAGAACAAGAGGGACGCAUAUGGUUUUGCAGUGAGACCUCAACACGUGCAAAGGUACAGAGAAUAUGCUAACAUCUACAAGGAGGAAGAGGAAGAAAGAUCAGAUAGGUGGAAGACUUUCUUGGAGUGUCAAGCAGAGUCUGCACAAUUGCCUGUAAAUGGGUUAUCUUCAAAGAUAGAAAACAAGCCAUUCCAUACUGAAUCUGUGGGGGAAGAGGCAGUUGAUAACUUGGUAAAGGAUGCUGAGAGAGACAGUUUAAGUAGUAAGGAGAGUGAUACUGAUUUAUACCCUAAAAAUGGUUCAGAGGAGGUGUCACAGGCCAAUGCAGUGAAAAAAACUCACAAGGUACAGUUAUGGACUGAGAUUAGACCAUCACUUCGGGCCAUUGAAGAUAUGAUGAGCAUUCGUGUGAAGAAGAAGGGAAUUUUAUCAAAAGGCGAGCAUGGUACUGGUGGAGUAAAACCGCUCUCUACUUUUGAAGAUGCUAGAUCUGCAAGAGGAGCAUCUGAGGAGGACUCUGAGGAUGAGUUUUAUGAUGUGGAGAGGUCAGAUCCAAUUCAAGAUGCUGCUUCAAAUGACAAUUUAAGUACUUCUGCUUCAGCUGUCACUGCGGCUGAUGCAGUCCCCUUGGAAUCUUUGUUUCCUUGGAAAGAAGAGUUGGAUGUUCUUGUUCGUGGAGGAGUGCCCAUGGCUCUUAGGGGGGAGCUUUGGCAGGCCUUCGUUGGUGUGAAGGCUCGCCGAGUUGAGAAGUAUUACCAUGAUCUUCUCACUCUGGGAGCUGAUUCCCUUACUAAAACCGAGCAACCUACGUCGCAGUUGGAAGUUGAUAAUAAGAGUUCAGCUACAGACUCUGCAUGUGUGCCCGAGAAAUGGAAAGGGCAGAUUGAGAAGGACUUGCCUCGGACCUUCCCAGGUCAUCCCGCUUUGGAUGAUGAUGGUAGGAAUGCCCUGAGGCGGUUACUUACUGCCUAUGCUAGACAUAAUCCCUCAGUUGGGUACUGUCAGGCUAUGAAUUUCUUUGCUGGCUUGUUACUACUGCUGAUGCCUGAAGAAAACGCCUUUUGGGCAUUGAUGGGCAUUAUUGAUGACUACUUUGAUGGCUACUACUCAGAAAAGAUGAUAGAACAUCAGGUUGACCAGCUUGUUUUUGAGGAUUUGGUGCGCGAGAGAUUUCCUAAAUUGGUCAAUCAUCUGGAUUACCUGGGAGUACAAGUGGGAUGGGUUACUGGACCGUGGUUCCUUUCCAUAUUUACGAACAAACUUCCAUGGGAAAGUGUUCUUCGAGUCUGGGAUGUACUUCUAUUUGAAGGAAACCGUGUCAUUCUAUUUAGAACAGCUCUUGCGUUGAUGGAGUUAUAUGGUCCUGCAUUGGUAACGACGAAGGAUGCUGGAGAUGCAGUUACUUUGUUACAGUCUUUGGCCGGCUCAACCUUUGACAGCAGUCAGCUUGUGUUGACUGCUUGUAUGGGUUACCAAAAUGUUACUGAGACCAGAUUAACAGAGUUGAGAGAGAAACAUCGGCCAUCAAUUAUAGCUGCUAUGGAGGAGAGAUCAAAGGUGCUUCAAGCUGGUAGGAAUUCUCAAGGUUUGGUAUCCAUGUAUAAUCUUAAGCAUGAUCCUAAUUCAGUGCUUGUUGAAACAAAUAAAGGUGAUGGAUUGAUUGAUGCAGACACAAAUGGUGAUUUAUCUCGGUCAGAGUCAGGAUCCACUAACACAGAGGUUCUUCUUAUGAGCCUGACAGGCAAUGGGGAAAUGGACUCUGUCCCAGAUAUUCAAGAUCAGGUGUUGUGGUUAAAGGAUGAGUUGUGCAAGUUGCUGGAGGAGAAGAGAUCUGCUGAACUCAGAGCUGAGGAGCUGGAGAUGGCUUUGAUGGAGAUGGUGACACAGGAUAAUCGACGGGAACUGAGUGCUCGGGUUGAGCAGUUAGAGCAAGAAAUUACUGAACUUCGAAGGGCCCUUGCUGAUAAGCAGGAGCAAGAGAAUGCUAUGCUUCAGGUCUUAAUGCGGGUAGAGCAUGAGCAGAAGGUUACAGAAGAUGCUCGCAGAUUUGCUGAGGACGACGCAGCAGCUCAAAGACGUGCUGUUCAAGUGCUUGAGAAUAAAUAUGAAGAGGCCCUUGCUUCACUUGCUGAAAUGGAGAAAAGAGCAGUUAUGGCAGAAUCGAUGUUGGAAGCUACAUUGCAAUAUCAAUCUGGCCAACUUAAAGCACAACCAUCUCCGCGAUCUUCGCAUUCUUCCCAACUAGACAGCAAUCAAGAUGUCAUGCAAGACCCUCCUGCAAGAAAAAUUAGCUUGCUAGCUCGACCAUUUGGACUUGGCUGGCGUGAUAGAAACAAGGGUAAUCCCACCAAGGUAGACGAGCCAAACAACAACAGCUCCUCUAAUGAGCAACAGAGUCCUAGAGUUGAGCAAAAAGAUGGUAAUGGCCUUCCAGUAGAAGAUAAAGAGUAGAGAAUAUCCACCUUCAACCUUUAACUGUUGUUGGAUUGGAAGCUUUUUUUUUCUCUCUGUACCUAUGUGAGUUCUUAGAUUAGUUAUUUGUAUGUACAUUUUGGACAGAGUGAAGGUAGAGCUAAUAUCCAUUUAUUUUUUGUUCAUUAUGUUGUAAUAAUGAAUGAUGGAAUAGAAGAGAAGAAGAAUGUAAGAAGAAACAUGAGAUCAACAGUAAAACAAUUGUAUAAUCUGUGCAUCUCCUGCAUACCUCAGCCACUCAGCCUCGGAGAAUCCUGGUUUAAUAAUUAUUUUCCACUUGAAUUUUUUUUUUCUUUUUUGUAACUUUAUAUAUUAUAAAAAGCAUCCUAUAAUUUGUUGGGUA